CGCCGCUUUUCCCGUGGCAGGGGCUGGGUGGCCCCUUUCUCACCCUUUCCCUCGGGAUUCCUUCCGGGAACACCCCUGAGAACACCUCCCGGUAAAGGGUUUCGCCGCCGGUGCAGCCAAGCCGCGCGGCCGUGCGGGUGGGCUGCGGUUCGGGAGGAGUCUGAGGCGGCGGCAACAGGGCGUGAUGGACGGGCCGCAUGCGGGGAGAGAGGCCUUGGAGCAGAGAUGAUAAAAUGUCACUAUGUGCGACGUCCCUGUCAGGUUUGGAUGCUUUGAGAGACCCUGACACUCGGUCUUUUUGCAUCUAUGCAAAAACCUCCGUUUCUCCGGGAAGGGAAGGACAUGCAGACCUUUUGAAAAGCUGUCAAUGAUAGCUUGCAGGUAGAGAGAUGAGAUUUCCAAGCUCCAAGGUUGUACAAUCGUUCUUUGGCUCCUUGUGGGAUAUAAAGUUUUGAACAGUGCCUCCCCAAGAAGUGUGAUGAGAAAUGGCUUUAGGAAACAAUACCCAGAAAAGUUAUUCCAUCAUCCCCUGCUUCAUCUUUGUUGAGCUUGUCAUCAUGGCUGGGACUGUUCUGCUUGCCUACUACUUUGAGUACACUGACACUUUUCAGGUGCAUAUCCAAGGUUUCUUCUGUCAGGAUGGCAAUUUAAUGAAACCAUACCCUGGGACAGAGGAUGAGAGCUUCAUUUCUCCACUUGUGCUGUACUGUGUGCUGGCUUCAACUCCAACAGCGAUUAUUUUUAUUGGUGAGGUAUCCAUGUAUUUCAUAAAGUCAACCCGACAAACUCUCAUUAUUCAAGAGAAAACUAUUUUGACUGGAGAGUGCUGUUACCUGAACCCACUGCUUCGAAGAAUAAUACGUUUUAUAGGAGUGUUUGCAUUUGGACUUUUUGCCACUGACAUCUUUGUAAACGCUGGCCAGGUUGUGACUGGGAACUUGGCUCCCUACUUCCUGACUGUGUGCAAACCCAACUACACUGGAAACGACUGUCGGGCUCACCACCAGUUCGUAAACAAUGGGAACAUCUGCACUGGGGAUGUGGAGGUGAUUGAAAAGGCCAGGAGAUCUUUUCCAUCCAAACAUGCUGCUUUGAGCAUCUACUCAGCUUUAUAUGCCACGAUGUACAUCACAAGCACAAUUAAAACAAAGAGUAGCAGGCUAGCCAAGCCCGUGCUGUGUCUAGGAACCCUGUGUGCUGCCUUCCUCACCGGGCUAAAUCGAGUGUCUGAGUAUCGAAAUCACUGUUCGGAUGUGAUCGCAGGCUUCAUCCUGGGGAGUGCUGUUGCCUUGUUUCUGGGGAUAUGUGUUGUCCAUAACUUUAAGGGCAGUCGUGCAGCUCCUUCUAAACCGAAGCCUGAAGACCCACGAGGAAUGCCACUAAUGGCUUUUCCCAGGGUGGAAAGUCCUCUGGAGACACUGAGUGCACAGAAUCACUCUGUCUCUAUGACUGAAGUAACCUGAGAAAUCGGCAGCUGAAACAAACUAUUUUUUACUACCCUCCGGCAAAAUACUCCAAGACACAGUUACUAAAUGUCUAACUGUGAUGACCAGUAUUAUGUUAUGUCUAGUUAGAGGCUAAUGUUUUGUACUUUAUUUGUAUGAGGAAGUGAUGUAGCUUGCCCUGAUUUUUUUGUGAGCUUUAAUAUUAUUAUGCCAGACUUUAAAAGCAAAAUGGAAAAAAACAAAAAAAAAACAAAAAAAACCAAAAAAACAAAAACAAAGAAACAAAAAAAAAAACCCCACAAAAAAACCCACACAAAAAACAAACAAACAAACAAAACCCCAAAAACAAAAAACAAAACAAAAAACCCAACCAAACAAAAAAAACCCCACAACACACCACCACCAAAACCUUUCCAUGUUUAAAGUGUGCACUGAGGAACUACAUCUAUGGAAUUGUUGAUGUUGUUGUGUGAUAUUUGUACACAAUUUUUUUUCUUCUCAGUUUUGAAUUUAUAUAUCUUGGGGGGAAAAAUUCACUUUUACCUUUUCUUAUCGUAAGAAGUGCUGGGUCAGAUUCUCAUCUGAGUGAACUCAGCAUGGAUCUAAAGUAAGUGAAUAUAUUUAAUUCAUAUUAAAAUAACAGUGAUCAAGAAUCUAACCUGAUGAUAGUAUCAACAAAAAUCCAUCCUUGAUUCAGUGAGCUACUUAAGUCCCUAAGAGUAAAUGGACUUCAGUUACCACCCAGUUUCCAGACUAGAAACAUGUCCUUAAGCAUCUCACUGAUUUAAAGUGUGAUUGUUCUGGUGUGGGUGAUUGUGCCAAUUAUUGAAGAAUAACUAAAACAACAUCCUUGGUCUUCAUCCUUGGUCUGCAGUACAGACAGACUGGACAUCAAAAUUUAUAGUAGUAGCUAAUAGCAUGUGAGCUGACUAUAUCAUCUCCCUAGAUCCUCAUUCCUCCCUGAAGCCCAGCUAAAGCUCCCAGUGAAACCUGGCUUCAGGAAUUGACUAUGGGGAUAUACAGCCACCACUGCGGGGCUGAGGCUAGGCUUUAAGUGUUUCAUCACUUUGUCAUAGAUUUGUGGGGUAACUAGUUACACUGGUGCAAAGGAAAAGUUACACCGCUCCUUCACCAGGGUGGCAUUCCUUGGCAUUCAGGUUGGCAUAGCCAAAAAGCCAGUUUUGCCACCCAAAAUGUAUUUUUUUCCUGACGGGUUUUCACAAGUCCAGAAAAAGAAAGAAAGACAAGAAAGGCAAGAAAGACAGGAAAGACAAGAAAGACAAGAAAAGGAAGGUGCGGAAGGAAAGAAGUAAGGUGCGGAAGGAAGGAAGGGCAGAAGGUGCGGAAGGAAGGAAGGGCGGAAGGAAGGAAGGGCGGAAGGGCGGAAAGAAGGAAGGAAGGAAGGAAGGAAGGAAGGAAGGAAGGAAGGAAGGAAGGAAGGAAGGAAGGAAGG